CCUAGCGGUUCGGUCCGAAGGGGAUUUAGCAUUUCUUGUGAGAUCUGGCAAAGGCCCUCUAGACAUGGAUGGGAAAGAAACACCUGAGCCAGCAUCUCUGCUCCCAAGUAUCAUCUCCGUAAUCCCACAAACGAGAGGUGCAACCAUCAUGGAAUCCAGGAUUGUGACUAGCGCCGACGUCAAGGCAGAACCAAGUAGUCCUACGAUCACGCUGCAUCCUAUCAUGACAAGUGUUGACAUAAAAGUGGAACCAAGUAGCCCUCCACCUAUACUGCCUCUUAUCAUGACAAGUGUUGACAUCAAGGUGGAACCAAGUAGCCCUCCGCCUAUACUGCCUCCUGUUACUGUAGAUAUGCAAGGAAGAGAACCAUCUGAGCCACUAGCCCUGCUUCCAACCACCAUCCCCCCAACCACAUUGACAAGCAGUACGGAGACUUCAGGAGAUGCAACCACCAUGGACAGUGCCCAAAGAAUCUCCGAUGGCACUUCAGAAACUUCAGCGAAAAAGCCUGGUAGGACUGUCAGCAGGUCUGUCAGCACGUGUGAUCAGAGUAACGAACGUGGGCAUUGCUUUUCAAGCACAGCGUCCCCAAAAGAUCACCUUCCCAAACCCUCAGGCAAGAAACCGCACGCCUGCCCCAUCUGCGGCCGCAAGUUUGCCUUGAGGUACCAACUCAAGAACCACAAUCGUAACAUCCACACUGCUGAGAUGCGAUUUGCCUGCGAGCUGUGCCCGUCCAAAUUCCGCAGGAAGAUAUCGCUGGACAGGCACAAGCAAUUACACGAAAGGGGAGUAGACCUGUGCCACUGCUUCGAGUGCGGCAAGACCUUUGAGCGGAUGACAGCACUGCAGCAGCACCUGAAAUGGCACAAGAGGGACAAGCCAUACCCGUGCCACCUGUGCCUGGCGAGAUUCACAAAUAAGCACAAUCUGGAGGAUCACGUGCGAACACACACGGGUGAAAAGCCGCACAAGUGCUCCAUGUGCGAGAAAAGCUUUGCCUGGAGGGCUGGCCUCAAAGUGCACAUACGCCGGAUACAUGGUGUAGUCGAGACUGCUGAGGCGACUCCCGAGAGCAGCGCGGAAGUUACGUUGCCGAGUACUAGUCCUUCAACUACACAGUCUCCAGGCCCUCUAAAUAUGGAUGGAAAAGAAACAUGUGAGCCAGCAGCCCUGCUGCCAAGGGUCAUCUCCGUAACUCCACAAACAAGCAGCACUGAAAGUUCAGGAGAUGUGGCCACCUUGGAUAGCAACUCGGGAAUACCUGGUGUCACUUCAGGAGCUCCAGUGAAGAAGCCUGGCAGCAGUGUCAGCGAGUGUUACGAGUGUACCGUGUGUGGGCGGCGUUUUAAGUGGAAGCAUUGCCUGCUAAAUCACCGUGUGUUGCACACGGGUGAGAAGCCAUAUGCCUGCUCCAUCUGUGGUCGGAAGUUUGCCCAGCGCACCGGCUUCCUUAACCACAAGGCCAGCCACAUAGAUGAGAUGCGGUUUGCCUGCGAGCUGUGCCCGUCCAAAUUCCGCAGGAAGAUAUCGCUGGACAGGCACAAGCGAUUGCACGAAAGGGGAGUUGACCUGUGCCACUGCCCCGAGUGCGGCAAGACCUUUCAGCGGAUGACAGCGCUGCAAUGGCACCUGAAGUGGCACGAGAGGGACAAGCCGUACCCAUGCCACCUGUGCCCUGCCAGGUUUAUAAACAAGGCGGACCGGGACAAUCACGUGCUAGUGCACACAGGUGAAAAGCCGCACAAGUGUCCCGUGUGUGAGAAAGGCUUUGCCUGGUGGAGUAACCUGAAAAUGCACAUACGAUCUAGUCACGGCAGUGUCAGGACAGCCAGGGCAAGUGUUAGCAGCAGUGCAGAGAUGAUAUUGCCAGACAGCCCUCCGGGCCAUCCCUAGUGUACUGCAACUAAAUGUGCUACAGCUUCUCCAUGAAGGAUGCAACGGUGAAAAAAAAAUAAUGCCAUGGCUCGAAGCCGCUUAUGGUGGCUGACCUUGGAUGAAGACAUCACUGCCGCGGUGUGUGUUCAGUGUCAUGUAUGUCAAGAACACCAGUGCGCUUGGCGGCCAACAGCUAUGACGCUGUGACCAUUCCCUGAAGAACCUAUGGUCACUACUUCAUUUGUACAACUGAUACCUGGUGAUCAUUUCUGAUGCAUUUUCGGAGUGAAUAGAAGGCGUCCCCAUAUCUAGCCUAUCUGCAGAAGCCGUGAUUCUAUGGCUGCAAGCCUUAUUUGCAAUGCAUCGGUUGUGAGACAUUGUUGUGUCAGACAAUGGUCUAGCGUUCGCAAGUGAAAGUCUCAGACGCUUCUUCUAUCGUAAUGGCAUAAGACAAUUUUGGCACCUUCGUUCCUCCCAGCCUGCAAUGGAGCUGCAGAACACGUGGUUCAAAUGAUCAGCAAGUCUAAGGUGAAGAAGGCUGUAGGUGGAAGCUUUGACUGCCAACUGGCCUGCAUCCUACCGAAUUACUGGACAACACCUGACUUAACUAUCAACUGCACAUGUGCCUAGCUUAUCAUGGUCGCCAGUUGAAGACUGCCCUGCUGUGAUAACUCAAGCAAAACCUAGCUCAUGACAAGGACGUCCACCGACACCACCUAUGCAAAAAGGGGCCCUGUCCUAUGUAUGCAAGAAACAUUAGAUAGGGACCAAUUAUGGGUUCCGGAAAGAGUGACAGCGGCUUGAAGGGAUCAUAUUGCCGAUACCAUUCUGCCAGAUGGCUGACACUGGUGGGGGCAUAAUUGCACCCAGAUUUCGCCACAUCCACGUCAUCUCCAGUGCCAGCAGCUGCAACGCAAAUAUGCCCACAUAACGAACUAGUGUCCAACCGAGUGACUACAGCUGCACUGCCAUAUGUAGAUAGAGACACUUAAGGCAAAGUAGACCGUCGUGAAGAUUUGCCAAGUGAAGCCGAAGCUGCACCACUUUCUCCUAUUGAGCAUUACGUGCUACGAAUAAGUUCUAGGGCACAAAAGCCACUGGUGCAGUAUUCACUAUGAAUGCCUGCAGAGCUCUCCGUUGUGCUGUGCUUUGUGGGGGAGGAGUGAAAAAGUCAAAGCUUCGCCCGAAAGGUGAAGCAUCAGUUGUGAUAGCAAGUUAUCAUACAGCCAUACGAAGUAAGGAUAGUAGUUUUAUUGGCCAUAUAAACUUGUAAACAUUCACUUACUAACUGGAUUAACAAGCAUGGUGUCACGCGCGCAGCCAAACAUGAACACAUCUUACUCUAUGACCGCGAACACUCGCUGUCAAAAUGCUGGUGUGAGGAAGGGUGGCAGCAGCAGCAAGCGAAUUGCGCUUUGUGCUGCCUCUCGCUUCAACGCGAACUAAGCGGUGAGAACGCAGUGCACACGAAGCUAUCAGCCCUCGGUGUGUCUAGACUGUACCCAUCACAGAUCGCUUUCAAGAAAAGGCCUGUGACGCCUCACUCAGCCGCACAAUACGCAGCUGCAGUAGUGCAGAAUGCGCAGCCACGGCAGCGCAGAAUAUUGCGCUGAUCACCUGUAAUUGAUUGGAAAUAAAGUCAUUGACUUGGCGA